CUUUAACCCCGGCCGGCAAGCUGAGUUCCGGCUGCCAGUUUGCCGGCGUAGGCCCGUCUCCCGUCAGCGGCUCUAGAGACCAAAAAAUACAAUGAAACGUAAAUGAAAGUAAACAGACGCCCCCCGUUACCGACCCUCGCUGCUCUUGGCCCUUGGACGGUUCGACCGGGUGUGUGGGCGCGGCAGGGACGCGGGGAGGAGCGGGCUAUAAAAUGGCGCUGGGAGUACGGCUACUGCUGAUCGCACUGCAGCUUCCUCAGGUGCUGUCUGAGUAUGGGAUGGUCCACGUGUUGUCUGAAAAGGAGCAAGGAAAUACAAAAGAUUACUGUAUCCAGUUCAACCCCUCCUGGGCAUAUUUACCUAUCGAUCUCAGUAAAGCGUCUCUCUUGCAGGUCCAAGACUUGACAUCUUCUGUGCUGUGCUCACCUUCAGAUGUGCCCCUACAUGGAUUUAACAACAGAAUUCCCAUGGUGAUGCGUGGAAACUGUACUUUCUAUGAUAAAGUGCGACUUGCACAAAUCAAUGGAGCCAGGGGUUUGCUCAUUGUCAGUAGAGAGAGCCUGGUGCCUCCAGGUGGAAAUGGGAGUCAGUAUGAAGAGAUUGAUAUUCCAGUUGCGCUCCUGAGUUAUGAUGAUAUGCUUGAUAUAUCAAAGACAUUUGGGAAAUCAGUCAAAGUGGCAAUGUAUGCCCCAAAGGAACCGUUCCUGGAUUAUAACAUGGUGGUUAUCUUCGUUAUGGCAGUUGGUACUGUAGCUAUUGGUGGCUAUUGGGCAGGAAGCAAAGAUGUAAAAAAGCGCUACAUGAAGCAAAAGCAUGAUGGAGCAGACAAACAAGAUGAUGAAACUAUUGAUGUGACACCAAUUAUGAUCUGUAUUUUUGUGGUUAUGUGCUGCUCAAUGCUGGUACUCCUUUAUUAUUUCUACGAUGAGCUAGUGUACAUAAUUAUAGGAAUUUUCUGCCUUGCCUCUUCCAUUGGACUUUAUAGCUGCCUGGCCCCAUUUGUUCAGAAAAUUCCUUCCUGUAAAUGCAGGACUCCAGACCUACCUCAUUGUCACAAACGACCCCAAGUACGGAUGUUGUUUCUGGGUGCAUUCUGUGUCUCAAUUAGUUAUGUUUGGGCUGUAUUCAGAAAUGAAGACAAGUGGGCAUGGGUUUUGCAAGAUACUCUAGGAAUUGCCUUUUGCCUUUACAUGUUGAAAACAAUCAGACUGCCAACCUUUAAGGCUUGCACGUUACUGCUGGUGGUUCUCUUUGUAUAUGAUAUUUUCUUUGUCUUCAUUACUCCAUUUCUCACUCAGAGUGGCAAGAGUAUCAUGGUAGAAGUGGCUGCUGGUCCUUCAGAUUUCUCUACACAUGAAAAGCUCCCAAUGGUACUGAAGGUGCCUCGGUUAAAUUACUCGCCUCUGGCACUGUGUGACCGACCGUUCUCCCUCCUUGGCUUUGGUGAUGUUUUAAUACCAGGAAUGUUAGUGGCAUAUUGCCACAGGUUUGAUAUUCAGGUGCAGACUUCAAGAAUCUACUUUGUAGCUUGCACAGUCGCUUAUGGCAUUGGUCUUCUCAUCACUUUUAUUGCUCUGGCACUGAUGCAGACAGGUCAACCAGCGCUCCUUUACCUGGUCCCAUGCACUCUGAUUACUAGCAUCUGUGUGGCUUGCUGGCGCAAGGAGAUGUCAAUGUUCUGGAGUGGAAGUGGAUUUGCGAGCAAUUCACACGUCACCUCAUGCGUUGCCUCGUCACCUCCAACUGCACCAAAGCUGGGAGAGCUCCACUCAAAGUCGGUAUCUUUAGUCACUGACAACUGUCCACAGGCUGAUGACAAAUCAACUGCAACUACUCCACACCAUGAAGGAGAAGUCCUGACCACCUCACCAGGAACAUCCAUCAAUGAAAAUGAAGCUGAACCUGGUGAGGACUUCCCAACAAAAGAUGAGAUGAGCCAAUCACAUUGCUGAUAGUGUACUCUAAUGCUAUUUUUCAGCAUGCUUACAGUUGGAUUAUAUAGAAUGAAAUAGGAGCAGUAACACAGCUGUUUGCUGAAGCAAAUGAAGGAAUACCAAAGGGAUGUUAAAUUCUCCUAAGUUAUCAUGGCCAUUUGCACUGUACCAAACUAUUCCCACCUCCCACAAUCAGUGACAGCUAUUCAGUGACCCUACUCAAGCUGCUUGCAUUCUCAAAGCUGACACCACUCAUUAAAGAAUAACCAUUGCCUUCCUAAUUCUCAGGAUAAUCAAAUGUUCAUUGUAAGAAUGACUUGUCCAGGCAAACAAUAAACUCAUUGCCAUAUCUCCUGCCCCUUCUGCCAUCAACUCUUCACAGCAAGCCUGCAGGCCAGAAGUUUUUUUGGAUCAAUAUUUUUGGAGAUGUUAUUCAGUUUAUUCUUUCUGGACCUGAAUAACAAACUGCUGAACAAUUUCUCCAGCUUACUAGGUGCUUACUAAAGAAAGCUACUAUGGUCAGGAAGUCUCUACAAAAUAACUCUAUUUCUCCUAAACUGAGCACUCCUAGCUUACAUCCCAUUGAAGAGGAGGAGGUGCACAUGGUAACCACUGAACUAUUUGUUGGGUAGAUGGCAAGUUUGAAAUAUAGUGAUGGUUAAUAUCUUGUAGGUUUAAUUAAAUACAACAUCAAUAUUGGGACUGUGAAUCUGAUGAGCCAUAUUUAUAGCACAGUCACAGUAGAAAUGUACAAUUCCAGCAAGGCCCUUUUGGCCUAUCUGAUCCACAGUUCAUUAAUGAAACACAACGUCACAGCACAAGCAACUUUAGAACCAGAAUGGCUGAUUUACCAUUCCCACACAGCUUCUACAUAACACCCUUUUUCCUUAGGUUUUCCUUCCUAUCUCCCUUCCCCCUCUCCCCUUCAAACUAUCUGCAUAAUAAUAACUUCAACUUCUCACUUGCCUGCUUCUGCCUCUGGGAAUGUAUACAGCUUGGUCAUAGAUGAGGUGGUAGCUGUGGUACUGUCUCUUGGGCUUCAUAACUCACAAUCACAUUAUCUAGCACCAGAAAUAGCUGAGGUUCCAUGCACCAUCAGUCUGCUGGAGGACUGAUGCUUUCUGUGUUCCUGAAUACCAAUCAUAUUUUGUUCCAAAAUCAUGUGGUCGUCAGAUUUCUUCCCUGAUUUGUUAAAAUCUCUUUUUUGUUAAAUUAUCUGUAGAAUUCCCAGUAGAACUAACAACGGUUCAAGGAUGAAAGUUAAUACAGACUCAAGGAAUACUAGAUCAUUUAAAUUUGAAUGUUAAAAUGUUACUCCUUAAUACACCCUCAUAUCUAAUAGGAAUUUAAUUUUUAAACAAAAUUAAAUUAUGUGCCACCCAUUCUGGUAAAAAUUGUUUAGUAAUUUCUCUUUAGUCAAACUCUUCAUAACAUGUUAAACUGAUUGACCUCAUUUCUAUAGUGGAGCAACUUUAAGAACAAUUUUAAACUGUUCAGGGCAGUUGAACUGGUCCUGAUCUACAUAGCAGUGAAGUGAAUUAAAUUUCAUUAGUUUGGAUUGAUUUGAUAAUUUGUGGGUUGAUGGCGGUUUUAACUUCACAAAAUUCUUGUAUUUAAGUUGUCUACUUGUACUUGGUAACAAGCUCUGUGCCUGUCACAUAAUUAACUGAGAAUAGCAAAUAGUUUCAAAAUAUCAUGUAACAUUGUUAAACAGCUUGACUGAUUGAAUGAAAUUGAAAAAUCUCUUGAAAACCUAAAAAAACAUUUAGUCCAAAAAUUGUAGAUUCUGUGGCAUGUUCUCAAUGAAAAUACUGGGAAUCCAUGAAGUUAUCAAAAUCUUGACAUCAUAAAAUGUCAGAAAAUAAAAGCCCGUGUGGGCAGAAAUGAUUAAUCAUGUUUUCUAUCUGUUUAAUACAAAUACAUGCAACUAAUAACAUCAGCCAAAAUAAGUAUCUUUGACUAAAGAACUUUUUUUAAUAAAAGGUGAUUGCAUAGAUUUAAAACCCAAUAAAAAAGGAACGUUCCUUUUAAAUUCUGUAUUAUCCUGUCUUUUUACAUGGUACUCUAAAUUAGGCAAUACAUUGAAAAUGAAUUUAAGAAUAAAAAUGUGGCUUUUAUUUCUUUAUUUGAAAAUUGUGCAAUAAAUAAGCCAAAUCUUUCAACAACCAGUUCCUCCAACAGUAAUGCAAACAGAAAAAUAAAGUCAACAUUAAACUUCUGACCGAUCAAGAGUUUCCUCAAGUUACUGUUGAUGAUUUAUCCCUAGUUAAUGAAAAUAGAAAGACUGGGUGCAAGGUUUUAUUUAUUUUCACACAGUGACGCUGCUUGACAUACAUAUGGUAUUGAUUCCAGAAAGACGUAUUUUAUUCGUUAUUCUAAAAAAUCAUGUUGUGGAUUAUGAUUUCCAAAUAAAGCUUUUGUAGUUAAAAGAGCAC